AUCUUGUUCAGAAACUCUGCCCUGACAGGUAGUCAAAGAGGCAUCCAGCAAGGAACGGAGUUAGCAGGAGAGCCCGUGGUAGUCUUUCACUACCUCACAGGAAAAUGGAGGCCCACAACCUGUCCGCCCCACUCAACUUCACCCUGCCGCCCAACUUUGGCAAACGCCCCACUGACCAGGCUCUGAGUGUUAUCCUGGUGGUUAUGCUAUUAAUUAUGAUGCUCUCGCUGGGCUGCACCAUGGAAUUCAGCAAGAUCAAGGCCCACUUCUGGAAGCCAAAGGGGCUGGCCAUCGCCCUGCUAGCUCAGUAUGGCAUCAUGCCUCUCACUGCCUUUGCACUGGGGAAGGUCUUCCCACUGAACAACAUAGAGGCACUGGCCAUCCUGGUCUGUGGCUGCUCACCAGGGGGGAACCUGUCCAAUGUCUUCAGUCUGGCCAUGAAGGGGGACAUGAAUCUCAGCAUUGUGAUGACCACCUGCUCCACCUUCUUUGCCCUGGGCAUGAUGCCUCUCCUCUUGUACAUCUACUCCAAGGGAAUCUAUGAUGGGGACCUGAAGGACAAGGUGCCCUAUGUAGGCAUUGUGAUAUCACUGAUCCUGGUUCUCAUUCCUUGCACCAUUGGGAUCUUCCUCAAAUCCAAACGGCCACAAUAUGUACCCUAUGUUACUAAGGCGGGGAUGAUCAUCAUUCUCCUGCUCAGUGUGGCCAUCACGGUCCUCUCCGUCAUCAAUGUGGGCAAGAGCAUCAUGUUUGUCAUGACGCCACACUUGCUGGCCACCUCCUCCCUGAUGCCCUUCAUUGGCUUCCUGCUGGGCUACAUUCUCUCUACUCUCUUUCGCCUCAAUGCACAGUGCAGCCGCACUGUCAGCAUGGAGACUGGAUGCCAGAAUGUUCAACUCUGUUCCACCAUCCUCAAUGUGACCUUUCGCCCGGAAGUCAUUGGACCAUUGUUCUUCUUUCCUCUCCUCUACAUGAUCUUCCAACUUGGAGAAGGGCUGCUCCUUAUUGCCAUCUAUCGGUGCUACGAGAAAAUCAAGACUUCCAAAGAUAAAACAAAAGUGAUCUACACAGCUGCUAAGACUGAAGAAACAAUUCCUGGCACUCUGGGAAACAGCACCCACAAAUGUGAAGAGUACUCCCCUUACACGGUGGAAAACAGCACCCAUAAAUGUGAAGAGUACUCCCCUUCCACGGUAGGAAAUGGCACCUACAAAGGCGAAGAGUGCUCCCCUGGCACAGCCUAGCCCUCCCCACAGUGGCCUGGAUUCCCACCAGAAGGCAAUACAGAAACCCAAUGUGGUAAACUAGACGCAGCAUGCAGCUAGUAUGAGCAACAGAUCAGCCUCGAAUGAGUCUUUCUCCAGCACUUCUAGCAAAUGUCAGAAAUCAAGCCUCAGCCUGAUGAUUAAGGAUAUCUUACCAAGAAGCCUCACCUAUCAAAACUUUAAAAGAAAGAUGCACUCAGUGACUUCACUCUACAAAAGCAGAAAUGAAAUCUGCCUUUUGCCCCUAGAUCUCUAGAGCAAUGGCUGAUAAGCCUAAGUCACUCAAUUCCUGAACUAAUCAAUAUAUGGGUGUUUGACCCAUUAACCAAAUACCCAAAUCCUGUCCCAAGUUAUUAUUUUUAAUGAAAAAAAGAGUACUAUAGUAGAUUGCAGAAAUUCCAACUUUCAGAUCCCAUUCCUUCCCUGUUGACAUUAUUCUUAGGGCGUAAAACGCCUGAGAAGUGUCGAAUAUGACAAAUAUACAAAAGUAGAUAUACUAAAAUGCAGAAGAAAUUUACUCAAAACAAAUUGAAGAUGGCUAUUCCCAACUAUAAUGAAAUGAAAGAUUUUUGGGUAAUAUAAUCCCAGAAAGAGAAAGGACAAACUAACAAAGAAAAGCCAGAAAAUAAACAUACAUGCUAACAUAACUAUGGUUUUUUCAAAUGAAUCACCCCCAAAGCUUUGGGUUGCCAAAAUGGUUUCUCAACUCAAAUAGAUAAAAAUACUGUUUCAAAGUUUCUUUAAUAAAAUAUAAACAUUUUUGCACAUCA